CAGUGUGUCUGUAUUUAAGGACACGAAAUAUUCUUGUUUUUAUAAUUUAGCCGGAAGCUUUACGUUAUCUCGAUCGCUAAAUCCACGCAGCUUGCGAUACCCGAUUCUUUCACCCGCUCCGCUUUCGGAAUUAUCGCCGCUGAGAUCGCGGUGGAGACGGCGCCGCCGCCGCCUUUGUCGGCCCUCACAUAUGGGCAACACCUGCGUCGGCCCCUACAUCGACCACCAGAGAUUCCUCCAGUCCAUCUCCGCCGGUGUCCUCUGGCGCCCCCGCGAAUCCCCCUCCGACCCCUCCCACCCCACUAACCCUAAGGCAGCCGGCGACGCCCAGACUCCACCAACCCCCGUUUCCAUCUCCUCCGACGACCUCAAGUACCCACCUCCUCCCCCUCCCUCCACGGUACACGAUUCGGUCGCUUCCUCCCCUGCCGCCGGCCGCUCUCGGCCUCGUGUCGACCGCCUCCCCAGCGCCGGCCUCCGCGUCUGCUCCGUCCUCCCACGCAAGACCGAAAACAUCAAGGACCACUACAUCCUCGGGCACAAGUUGGGGCAGGGGCAGUUCGGCACUACCUACCUCUGCGUCGACAAAGUCACUCGCAAGGAGUUCGCUUGCAAGUCUAUCGCCAAGCGGAAGCUCGCCUCCGACGAUGAUGUCGAGGACGUGCGGCGGGAGAUCCAGAUCAUGCAUCAUCUUUGCGGCCAUCCCAACGUGAUAUCGAUCGUCAGUACCUAUGAGGACGCCGUCCACGUGCACCUCAUCAUGGAUCUAUGUGCUGGCGGAGAGCUCUUCGAUCGCAUCGUACAGAGGGGGCACUACUCCGAGAAGGCUGCUGCCGAGCUUGCUAGGGUCAUUAUCGGGGUUGUGGAGGUGUGCCAUUCUAUGGGAGUUAUGCAUCGCGAUCUCAAGCCCGAGAACUUCCUAUUUGUCAACAAGGACGAGAACUCGCCACUCAAAACCAUUGAUUUUGGACUAUCCGUUUUCUUCAAGCCAGGGGACACAUUUACGGAUGUUGUUGGAAGUCCAUAUUAUGUUGCCCCAGAAGUACUUCUCAAGCGUUAUGGUCUAGAGGUGGAUGUUUGGAGUGCUGGCGUAAUUAUUUAUAUCCUGUUAAGUGGGGUCCCACCAUUUUGGGCUGAAACAGAGCAAGGGAUAUUUGAACAAGUUUUAAGAGGUGAGCUUGAUCUUAAAAUGGACCCCUGGCCUAGUAUAUCAGAGAGCGCCAAAGAUUUGGUUAGAAGAAUGCUUGUCAGAGAUCCAAAAAGACGAUUAACUGCUCAUGAAGCACUAUGUCAUCCUUGGGUUUGUGUUGAUGGUAUAGCUCCUAGCAAGCCUCUUGACUCUGCUGUACUUACUCGGUUAAAACAAUUUUCGGCGAUGAACAAGCUCAAGAAAAUGGCAAUAAGGGUAAUUGCUGAGAGCCUAUCGGACGAGGAAAUUGCUGGUUUGAAAGAAAUGUUUAAGAUGAUUGAUGCAGAUAAUAGUGGCCAAAUCACGUUUGAGGAACUCAAAAUAGGCUUGAAAAAAGUUGGUGCCAAUCUCAAGGAGUCUGAAAUUUCAGCUCUGAUGAAAGCUGCUGAUAUCGACAACAAUGGUACUAUCGACUAUGGAGAGUUCAUAGCUGCUACCUUGCAUCUAAACAAGAUAGAGAGAGAGGACAACCUAUUUUCAGCCUUUUCAUAUUUUGACAAAGAUGGUAGUGGCUACAUAACACAUGAUGAGCUCCAGAAAGCUUGUGAAGAAUUUGGCAUCCAGGAUGCACACAUAGAAGAGAUAAUUCAAGAAAUCGAUCAGGAUAAUGAUGGAAGGAUAGACUAUAAUGAGUUUGUCACAAUGAUGCAAAAAGGAAAUGCUGUUUUUGGCAAGAAGGGUCCCCGGAGCAAUUACAGCUUUGGACUUAGGGAGGCAUUGAGACUGGGCUAAUGCUAAUCAGGUUGGCUUUUUUAUAUUUUUUUAAUGUUUUUUUUUCAUUAUAAAACCACUAUUGGCACGCUUUUAUUUCGAUAGUCUAAAUUAUUAUUGUUGUUAUUAAUUAUUGUUGGGUUAAAAUUCUAUUUUAAAGUCCUUUUUGGGGAUGUGGAUGUGUAAUUGGCUGAUGAGAGGAACAGACAUAAAAACAUCUUUGACUCGCAAACAAAUCAUCAAACUUCCUGAGAGUUUGAUUUCAUUACAGAGUGAAGCUGUAAUGAACUGCUAACAUUACAGAGUGAAGCUGUUUUCCUGCGUGAAGCAAUUCAUUUCUUCUUAAUUUGUGAUGAUAGACACUUUAAACUUGAAGCUUCCAUUUUCCAGACAGUUCACUGUAAUCUUAAUCUCAACGUAUGCAUUGACAAAGGGGGGGAACAACAUUAGUGAAGGUCCUUCAAAGGGGAUUCUCCUUCACCAGAGGCUCGACAAAACUUGGCAUGGCGGUCAGCAUGAGCCAAAACCGGCAUGCAUGAACUGUCAAACUGUUAACAUUCUUUUUCAUCUACAAGAACCACAACAUUGUUAUAGCUUCAUUUGAAUGUUCCAUGACCUUUCAACUAGAAACUUGUACAUGUGUUUAGAUAACCCGUGCCUUGGUGAGCUGGAGAAUUUUGCAUUAGGUUAGCUUAAUAUAGAAGUAUCCUCUGUGGUUGUGAUGAAAGCACUAGCUGUACAUGUUUCUAUCUCUUGGUAUUGCUAAACGGCGUUUUUUUA